GUUUUCUUUCAAGAGUUUGGUAGCGUGGUUUUGUUACGUUUGUAAAAACGUGGUUUCGUUCGUUCGAGUGCUCGUGAAUUUUAUACAAUUUUUUAAUGUAUCACUCUGUGCGGCGCGAUUAAUUGUGCAAAUUUAGUGCGGUUUUUUCAUCAUAUUCGUGUAUCUGUGGUUAGUUAACGUAAUGGCCGUGCGAUCGUUUGGUUUUUCGUGUAAUUUUUCUCGUUGUUUACUACAGUUUCGAUAGUCACGCCCAUUUCCCCGAUUCAAAUAACUGCCGCGUUAGUCAUAUGUUAUUUUACUAAUUGUUAGCCGUUUUUUCUCGCAAAUAGCUAAUUAAUUUACCGUUAACAUAUCGCAGCGAAGAAUUAUUCGCGUGUUCGUCUAAUUCGGUGGUGUUUAUUCAUGUGUUUUAUAACGUUAGACGCAUUUCCCGCGCUAUUUUACUCCUCCUCGUAGUGGCGAGGUUUCUCUCGGUAAAAGCCCAUUUUUACCAGGGAUUGUGUUGCGAAUAAAAAGAACGGGAGAUUUGAAAUGAAAAUGAAAUGUGGUUGUGUCAACAAUAACAGCCAGCAACGCUCGAUGAUCAAAUAUGAAAGGUUUCAUAAUUUACCAACGUUGGCGGAGUUGGGCGUCGAUGUGGAGGAUAAAUACGAAGGCAGCGAAAACGAAGAGGAAUUGGUGUUCUGCAAUGAAGAUAACUCGUAUCAGACCGUAGUGGUUGUGCAUAAAUUAAGAGCCAGCGAUCUCUGUCAAAUAUUGGCGAUGAAGAAUCGGGUCCGGAAGGAUUGCAAUUGGUCCAUCGUCGAACAUUGGAUUGAUAUUGGUUUAGAAAGAACUAUCGAAGAUCAUGAAGAUAUUUUGCAAGUGUAUAAACACAUGGAAAGCUAUCCGAAACCAAUAUCGAAGAAAUUUAUAUUCAGAAAAGAUUUCAGAAAAUACGAAAUGUUCAUCAAUCCUCAGAAAUUCUUUCCUUCCGAGAUGGUCGACUUGAGCGGGUUCCCUGGCGCGACUGCAGAAGACGUUACCUCUCCCGAAUCGUUACAAGCUGUGGUAAUCGAAGGCGAUAGCUGCCCGCCAAUGUUUGGCCAAGUUUGGGUUCGUGAUCCGAAUAGCCUGCUGUGGGCCAAAGCGUACUUAUUAUUAAAAGAGAAAAAACUGUAUUUAUCGUAUAAGGUUCAAAGUUUAGCAAAUUUUAUUAGAAAUUGGAAUAACUCCGGUAUCGAACCAUUGACCUACGAGAACGAUGCUCAGCUCAGAUAUCGAGAAGAACCGCACGAGUGGAAUCAGCUGAGAUUAUUCGCGCGUAUAGCCGAUAGCUCGGUGUAUACGACGUUGAACGCUAAAAAAGAAUUAAGAGCGCCCACCGAAUACGGGUUUUGUAUUCGAACCUCGGAAAUCGAAUCUGAACCUAGUUACAUCGGUGACGUUACAUCCGAACUCAGGUGUAUCGCUUGCGAAACCGAAAGAUCUCGACAGUGUUGGUUGGCAGCUAUGCGUCUCGCAAAGUAUGGAAAACAAUUACGUGAAAACUAUCGCGCCUUCAAAAAUAAGCAAAAUGUUGACAAUAAUUCUCCUGUACUAUCCGGUUACACUUCGAGUGAAUAUUCAAGGCAAUCAGUACCUAGCGAAAGCAUAAGAUCUAGAGUAGCAAUGGAUUUCACCGGCAACGUUGGCCGAAUAGUCGAAGAUCCAGCUGAAGCUCAAGCAAUAGCCGAAUCAGAGGGUAAGAUAUUUCAUCGAAAGAUGCGACCAAAUGUGAACAUUAUACCAGAAGGCAUAGACACUAGCGGCGGUAUACACACCAUACAACCUUGGUUCCAUAGUAAAUUAACCAGAGAUCAAGCCACCAUGUUGAUUAAUAAACACGGAUGUGUUGACGGCGUGUUCCUGGUGCGUGAAAGUCGCAGUAAUCCGGGAAUUUAUGUUUUAACUUUCAAAUGUAGCGGAAAAGUUGUACAUAGUCAAAUACAGCCGAUAAUGGAUUCGGUUCGAGACACGUUGUGCUAUUCGCUGGACAGCGGCGUGACCAAAUUUUACGAUUUAUUGCAGUUAAUAGAAUUUUACCAAUUGAACGCCGGCUGUUUGCCUACCAGAUUGACGCAUUACCUCGUUUAUAAUGGUCCUCGUACGAUGACGACUACUUCGACGCUCAUGACUACCACCACUACCACCGCUAAUAAUAUCACAUCGUCAGCUAAUACAAAUCAUCAUCAGCAGCAUCAUCACGGAUCAUCUCAGACUAACGGAAGCGUUGUGCAGAAUAAUUGCAGAAGUCCUAUAUCGGCUGCUCAUUAAUACAGCCUACCUACAGCCUGCAAAAUGUAGAAUGUGUGUCGUAACCACUGAUUUUAUUUUUAAUUUCUUUCUUUCGUUUUCGUGUAUCGAUACGCUCCUCCUAUAUCCCAUUACCCUCGUUCAUGUGUGUCGUUUUUUUUCCUUUUUCUUUUUUUUUUGUUUUUGUUGCGUAUGUCUUAUAUUUUUUUCUUUCUUUCUUUUUCGUUCUCAUCUUUAUUCUUGCUUGAGUAUAUAUAAUCGUAUGUGACAUUCCUCCGUAUUUAAACAAUUUUUUCGUACUAUAAAGUCGUCCUAUCGUGUAUGCUCGUUUCGAAAUAAUCGCACAUUCGGAUGAAGGUUGAAAUAAUUCACGAAUAUGUAUACUAUAUACAUUUAUUACUAAUAAUAUCGUAACAAUCGUUAAGCGCAUCGUUCAAUAAGACUGUACACGUGUGGUUAUUUAAGCAUAAUAUUCUAUAAUUUGUCUAAUAUACCAAAAAAUAGCGAAAAAUCGCCUUCAUCAAACUGUUAAGUUACGUGUAUUUUUUUUUUUUUAGAAUUAAGUCGUAAAUCGUUCAAGUUUUUUUUCUUCGAAUUUUUACAUACUAUGUCGUUUUCCCUUUUUUUUCUCUCUCGAACGGAGAUGUCUUCGUUGAUAAUUAUUAUUGUUGUAUUCGUCAUCGUCAAAAUUUAUUUUAUUUAUUAUUUAGAUAACGUGAAAAAAAUUAAUUUGUGUGAAUUUAACUCGGGGACCAAUUCCGAAAUGAGAAAUUUUCGAAUACUAUUUUAUCACAUUGCGACGUAAUCUGCGAUGUGAUUUUUUUUUCUUCGUAAUUAAUUUAAAACUUAUUUAAUUGUAUUUUUUUUUUUUUUUUUUUUUUUUUUUUAAGAUCCGAGUGUAUCGAAAUUUUAAGCGUUGAUUUAGGUAGAUGGUUUUGAAAGGGUUGAUUUUUUCGGGAAUGAAAGUUUGAUUUUAGUUUAUUUGAGGAUAUUAGUCAAUUGGUAGUUGAAGGAAUGAAUGGAUAAUGAAGAGAGUUGAAUUAUUAUUUAAUUUUAUGAUCUCAAUUUUUUUUAGUAAGCUAAUUUAGUCAAAACACCUUUAUUUUUAUUGCAUUGAUUCAAAUGGUGAAUUGUAAAGAUUAUGUGAUUUAAACAAAAAUUAGGUAAAAUGUUGGUAACAUUGUCGGGUUAUUUUUAAGAAUUUUUUUUCGGUUUUGUGUUUCGUAUGAUUUUUUUUCUUCAAAUUUCGAGUUGAAAAAAUUGAUAAAAAGCUUUGUAAAAUAGAUGAAUAGAUUUUCUUCUUCUUUUUCAUGAGAAUCAUGAGGUUUUCUGAUGACUACCUAAGUCAUAAAAAAAUUGAGCAAUUUUUCUGUACUUGAUUGGAUUUUUUUGGUGAUUUGUAAAUGAUUUUUCAAAUGAUUGAAUCUUUCGAGUACGUUCGAGCUGAUUUUUUGAAUUUUAGUAAAAUAAUUUGGCUAGUUUUUUUUAAAUUGAAAUGAACAUUUUUUUGUGAUUUUUUUCUUAUGAAAGGUAAAUAAUUGGCAACACUGUUGACUUUAAAUUUUUUUAAAUUGUGUAUUUUGUAUGAAUUUUUACUUCGGUGAUGGAGAAAUUGAACUUGUUGAAGCUUUUAAAAAUGUGUGGUGUAGGGGAGGAUGGGGGGGGGGGUAAUGAUUUUGUCCUCCUUUUUUUCGUGGGAUUUUUCUUGUGGAAUUUUUGAUUUAUUAAAUGGCUGCAAUUUUUCUAGUGCUAUAAAAAUAUCUCAAAAUUGAAAUUGGAAAAAUUAUUUUUUCUAUUUUUUUUAAUGAAUCAAAAUUAUAAAUUUUUUUGUUUAUUUAGAAUGCAUUACUUACUUGAGGUACAAGUUUAUGUAAAAAAAUAAUUUUGACUAUCUUUUUGUCAAUCUGUCGAAUCAUCUUUAAAAGAAAACAGUCUGGAUACUUGAAAAUUGACAGUUUUCUACUUUUAUUUUCAGUUUCGUGACCAGAUUAAUUUUCUGAAUAUUUUAAAAAUUUGAUUUAAGUAGUUGGAUUUGUGAAAGUUUAUCCACAAAGUUGAAAAAAAAAAGUUCACCAAAAUUCAAAAACAGAUUUUUUAAAAAUUCGUUUAAAAAACUUGUUUUGUACUGGCAAAAGUAAAUUUGAAUUUUUAAAAAAUAUAUAAAAAUUAUGAAUCACUUUUUUUUUUUUAAAUUGAAGUGCAAAAAGGGUAAUCAUUUUUGCUGUAUUUCAUUUCAAAAUUUACCAAAAAUGAGAGAUUUUUUGUAACAAAAUUGAGCAAAUCUUCAUUUUUCAAAAUCGAAUCAAAAAAAAAAAAAUCAUGCAGCUAAUCGUUGGUAAAAACUUAGGUGUCUUUGGAAAAAUUCAAAAAUUUGCUUCCAAUUUGCAGAAAUUAUGAUACAAUUAUGUUUUUUGAAUUGAAAACGCAGUGUUGCCAAUUUCAUUGAUAUUUUCUGAAGUGAAAAAUUUUGCAGCUUGAACGCUAAAGUAAAUUACAUGUUGCCCCCUCCACCUCCCCCUCCCUGAAAUACUCGUGGAAAAAUUAUCUAAUGAAUUAUUAAAAAUUUAAGUACAUAAUUACUUCAAGUUUUUGAAUUUAUGAACCAGCUCGAGGAAGGUUUUUUCAGCUCCUUAUCAGGAAUAUAUUUUUUUCAACUUUGAAAUUGAAUUUGGAUUUGAACUGAUCGUCGUGUCUUUCGAGAAUUUUUUCCAAACUGCCAUAAUUUUUACGUUACACUCCAAAACCUAGCUAAUUUUUACUCGACUCGUAGUAUAAGAAAAUUUAAAAAUAUCCAAACUACUAUUACAAUCACCUUUCCAAUAAAACACUGUCUGCAUUUUUUUUUAAAUCGCUUAAAAAGCAAUAUUCAACAAUCGGUUUAGAUUUAUUAAUUCUAUUUUUAAAUAUCGAUUGGUCAGCGCUUAAAAUAAAGUUACACUUUGGACAAUUAAAAAAAUAUUAUAUUCGAAGGGGGAAAAAUAAAGAUCAUUAGCUAAUACCUAUUCGAAUCGUUAACGCUUUAGUAGUAAUUUCGCUUACGAAGUAAUUUAAUUUUACGAUGACUUAAUACGGUUCGAUGAAAUAUCGAUAUUUAUGUAGACAUUAUUAAGAAUACGCGAAUUAAUCCGUCCUCUUGUACCUACUACAUAUAUUCGCAUUUAGCAAUAUUCUAACACUCGAGCGAAUAUAGUUGUCGUAGUAAUAAUGAUGAAAAAAAAUCAAAAAACCUUAUUAGAGUUUUUCAAAUCAACAUAUUACAUUUAGUCGAAAUUUCCGCAAUAUUAUAGAAAAUCAUCUCGUAUUAUUCGGUUACCGAUAAUUAAUCCCCCCUUGCCCGCUUUAUGUAAAUAAACCACCGAAAAAUUCGACUGUUUGAAGUGAAAUCUUCUCUGUUCGUGUAAAUACGAGUAAAGUGGUUGAAAAUGUAAACGACUGUAAAUAUUCGCCGUGUAAAAUUUUUUUUGCGUUUUGUAGAAAACGCGGAGCACAGAUAUUUUUCAUUUUUUAUAUGAAGUUUUACUGAUCUCAUUAGUUGAAAAAAUGUUUUUAUUUCUAUGUAUUUGUUUGUAAUAAUAUUACGAUGAUUGAGAGUACUGAUCUACGUGCAAUAGCCUAGUACAAAUUUGGUCACUGAUCUGGUCUAUUUAAUUACAUAGGUACAUACAUUAUACAUAUCGAACGACUAUUUAAAACAGUAGAUGAUUUAUUUUUUUGUUUUUUUUUCUAGAUUUUUUUUUCUGUUCAUAUUUAUUCUCCCCUCCGGAAUUUAUAUUCUAUUUAUAAUAAUUCUUAGUCGAAAAUUUAAAGCAAAAAAACUACGAAAUGUUCUCAUUAUUGUAUAUUUAUUGUAUGUAUUUAACUACGUUAUACUGUUUUUUUUUUCUUCAAGCGGUUAACCCGUCAUGUGAAACUAUAUAUUCGCUGUUUGCGAUAAAUUGGCUUUAAUCAAAUAUUGUAUAUUUUGCUGUGCGAAGAACGGUUCAAGCGAAGGUAGCCAAAUCACCAGAGUAGUAUGUAAAAAGUUCCUGGAAUAUUAUUUUCUUUCUUUCUUCUUCUUUUUUUCAUUUAUUUAUUUUUAACAUUUUUAAGUCUUUCGUAAUGUUAUUCAUUUGAAUAAAUACAUUGAUAUUUAUUUUGAA